AUGCUUCAGAUGGAUCAGACGAUGACCAAGGGGAAAAUCGGAAAAUGGUUGGUUAAGGAGGGCGAUACCGUCACACAAGGGCAACCCUUGCUGGAAAUUGAAACCGAUAAGGUCGUCCAUGAGCAGGAAUCCCCCACUGAUGGUGUCAUCGCGCAAUUGCUUGCUGAGGAAGGUGCCAAUGUCCCUGUCAAUGCCCUGUUAGCGAUUAUCGGGGCACCCGGAGAGGAAGUGGCACGCGUUGAGGUGGGCACCACGCCAGAACCGCAAGUGUCAGUGCAACCUGCACAACCGAAGGCAACGCCAUCGACUACGACCGUUGCACCAAAAGCCUCGCCAGCGGCACGCCAACUUGCUGAGAAACUCGCUAUUGAUCUGACCGAGGUCAAAGCCUCUGGACCCGGGGGACGCAUCCUUGAAAGCGAUAUCCAGCGAUAUAUUGACUUGAGGGGACCGGCUCCAAUUGAAGAAACGACACGACUUAAGGCAUCACCACUUGCACGGCGAUUGGCGAAAGAACACGGAGUUGACCUGAGCGCAAUUAUCGGUUCGGGACCCGAUAGCAGAGUUGUCCGUGACGAUGUGUUACAAGCGAGCGCAGCCGCCGCUGAAGCCCCCGUUAUAGAGACACCUGUUCUCCAACAAGCGACAGAAGUUAUUCCUAUGGGUGGCAUCCGUGAAAUUAUCGCAGAGCGGAUGACCAUGAGUCUUCAAACCAACGCCAGCGUCACACUCCACACAGAGGUUGACGCAACGGCUUUCGUCGAACUACGUCGGAUGCUCAACGAUAAGCUGCAGGCGAGAGAGGUGAGUCUCACCUAUACCGACCUGCUCGUUAAAGUCGUAGCAAACGCUUUGCGGGAACAUCCCCGACUCAACGCAACACUCACGGAUGAAGGGAUUCACCUAUUACCAGAAAUUAACGUCGGUGUUGCUGUCGCACUCGACGAUGGACUGGUAGUGCCGGUAAUACGGAAUGCGGACAAGGAGAGGUUAUCGGAAAUUUCUGUACAGGUAAGAGAUUUUGCAGAGCGGGCACGCAGUAAUCAAUUGACACCCGGGUGA